AUGGUAGCCAUGUCUUCAUCGAUGUCUUCGCCGGCCAUUAACGCAGACAUCAGUGAAAUGCUGUUAGAGUUGGGAAAGCAUGAGAUGAAUGUCAACCAAAACAGAUUCAAGUAUCAGAUGUACCGAAAGGCGGCGAAGAGUGUUGUCGAUCACCCGAAACGCAUCCAAUCUGUCGCUGAGGCCAAGGGGUUGGCCGGAGUCGGCGCUAAGAUCGCCCUCAAGAUCAUGGACUUCGUGGCCAACGGUUCCAACAGACAGUUGGAUAGAGUGAGACAAUCGGACACAAAUCAGUCCAUCAAUGAAUUGCUUCGUGUGUCGGGAAUCGGACCCAAACUGGCGGCCAAACUGAUGGCCGACGGCAUCGACACUAUCGACAGGUUGAGGACAAUCGCCGACACUCUGACCGAUCACCAGAAGAUUGGUCUCAAAUAUGUGGACGAAUUCGAGCGAAAGAUACCGCGCGAAGAGAUCCAGAAGAUUGAGACACUAUUGACGGCCAAAAUGAAUGAAUUCAAUAAAAAUCUUUUGCUAACCAUUUGUGGCUCUUAUAGACGAGAGGCGCGAGAGAGCGGUGACAUCGAUGUCCUCAUCACUCACCGCAACGUAACGUCGGAUCAAAUGAAAUUCAAGACAAACACUUACCUGAAAGACAGCGUCCGGUCUCUGCAAAAGUGUGGUCUCAUAACCGAUAGGCUAUCGUUAGGCGACACGAAGUUUAUGGGUGUCUGUCGGCUGUCGAAAGAGUGUCCGCACCGGAGGAUUGACAUACGAUUCNUGACAAACUUUUUAGUGGUGCCGCCGCACGAAAGCACCGGCACAAAAUGUCUCUCAGCGAUGGCUAGGAAAUCAAGGAUGUGUUGCUUCGUGAAUACGGAACCGCACGGAUUGGACGGAUUGUUGUAUAUAAUGGCCGCUGUGUUGCCGUCAAUCUUACUCUCCAAGUCAUGUAAAUUGAUUUCCCAAUUCCUUUCGGGCAUCAGAUCAGCGGACAGAGUCUCGUACAGAGAGAAACCGGGUCUCGGGACCAAUAUAUUGCACCCGGGAUUGGCCAAUACGGUCAUACAUAGGUCCAGAGCGUGCGAACAGCCACUCCCUUGGAUUCAGUACAAGUGCGGCACAAACGCGACCUUCGGAUGCAAUUUAUGCAAUAAAUCUAAGAAAUGGUGCGAUUCUUACGGUCACCACUGGAUUAAGCAAACGGCAAAACAACACAUACCUUGGCCUCGACGGGCGCUCCGCUCACAGAACUGUAUUCGGCGACCGCUUGUCGCGCCUCUUCACAGCCGGCGGCCGCGAAAUACCCGUUAUUCUUAUACGACUUCGUGCUCUCUAUUAUGGCAUUCGUUAUCUCUUCGCAUGGCUUCAGGUUUCCAAAGAUUGUCGGAUCGCCUGAAAGAGUAA